GGAGCUUUGAAUUUCUACUUUGUGCUGUUUGUUGGUUUUUCGGCGACUCCGGUUAAAUGGCGACGGAAUAUAAUAGUCUGCUGGAGCGGGUAUCUGCACGACUGGGCUUGGGUACAGAGACGCAUAGAAAACAGCCGCGACCAAUAUCCGUAGGAGCGAGCCCAGUCGCACACUCUUGUACUCACAAACUAUUGUUGUCAGAUUCAGACUCUGACACGUCCCCGGAAGACUGUCAGGGCAAACCGCACUGGCCAAGGGACCCUAACCAGAAACAGUUGAGCUGCAGUGGGAAAUUAGAGGAUACAAACUUCAAAUUUGUUCAGAAAUCAAAAGCUGCAGUGUUCAUAUCAGACUCUAGUGACGACGACUUUGAAAACUUUUUAACACAUCUUAAAACGCCAAAAUCAUCAACAAAUAAAGCUAUAAGCCAGAAACAUGGAAGCUUGAAGGACUUUAUUAUUGAUUCAGACGAUGAUUUUACUUCCAUUUUCCCGAGUAAUGGAAAGUAUACAAGAAGCAAGACUGGACCAAAGAGUUCUAAAAAAUCUGAAGUGUCUUCGUCUGCCGAACAAGGUUCAGUGUCCUCUCAAGGUGUAGUGUCUCCAGUCUUUAUAAGUGACAGUGAUUCUGAUGUUAUGCAAAAUACUUGGAAAGACAGGAUUAAAAGUGGAAAUAAUGUUAAACUGCAAAGUAAGAGCAAGCAAAGUAUUGAAAAAAACAGUACUGGGAAGAUACUAGGAAAGGAAAAAGAAAACGUUUCUCUCCCGCUCAUCAAACUGAAUACCCCUGGGAGUUCUGGGAGCUCGGAUGAAGAGUUUGAAAGUCUUGUGGAAAGAAUAAAAAACCGAACCAAGGGCCAGACACCGAAUUCAACUGCCAAGAGUCCCCACCAUCCGAAACCCAUUGUAGCAGAAUCAACGAAAAUGCCUUGCAUUGAUUUAACAAACCAAAGGGAAAAUGGUUUCAUUAGAAAACCCAAGUCGCAAAGUGAACUGCCAGCCAAACCACGCACCUCCUCUGAAAAAGUUUUUAACCUACCCGAUGAGCCAUUUGAGAAACCGCGUUCAGACAGUGUGAGGCUACCAUGCAGGGUUCCGGGCUGUUUCUUGCAAGAGCUUUCUAACCCAAAAUCAUCAUACGUGAAGAAUUUCAAGCAGACUAAACAUGAGCUGACACAGAGACUAUACAGUCUUUUUAACAGUACCAUUUUUGAUCAGAAGCUUCCUGGCAAUAUGGAGAUCAUUUGGAAUAAAAAGAUGCGAAAAACUGCUGGAUACUGUGUAACUGGGCAGAAGAAAUUACCUGACUUGCAGCGCUAUGCCAGGAUUGAGUUAUCAGAGAAAGUCUGUGACUCUGCAGAUAGACUUCGGGACACAUUAAUCCAUGAAAUAUGUCAUGCUGCCACCUGGUUAAUUAAUGGCGUUAGAGAUGGGCAUGGUCAAUACUGGAAACUUUAUGCUAGAAAAUCCACUCUCUCUCAUCCUGAACUGCCAAUGGUUACUCGAUGCCACACCUAUGAGAUUAAUUAUAAGUAUACAUACGAGUGCUCUCGCUGCAAAAACACAAUUGGACGCCAUUCAAAGUCUCUGGAUACCGAGAAGUUUGUGUGUGCUCUGUGUAAGGGGAAGCUGGUCCUCUUGGGAUCUUCCAAAAAGGAUGGAACACCUUCCAAAAACCAGCUGACUCCAUUUGCCAAGUUUGUUAAGGAAAAUUAUGGAUCAACAAAGAAAGAAAUGACUGGGAUGAGUCAUGCAGAAGUUAUGCGUAAACUCAGCUCUGAUUUUUCUACUAAAACAAAAAUUUCAAAUUGAUCACCUUAGUAUUGCAUAUUUCAUCACUCUGUUUAAACUAC